CGCAGCGCCCAAGGCGCCUGCGCAGGCCCUGAAAAGCAGCUGGGGUGGCCCUGCGCUUUCCUUUUCCGGUGUCGGCGCCGCGCGGUCAGGUUCUCUUGUCUACACCCGCAGCCAUGCCGUCCAAGGGUCCUCUACAGUCCGUGCAGGUCUUCGGACGAAAGAAGACGGCCACAGCCGUGGCGCACUGCAAACGGGGCAACGGCCUCAUCAAGGUUAACGGGCGGCCUCUGGAGAUGAUCGAGCCGCGCACGCUGCAAUACAAGCUACUGGAACCUGUUCUGCUUCUGGGCAAGGAGCGAUUUGCCGGUGUGGACAUCCGAGUUCGUGUGAAGGGUGGUGGUCAUGUGGCCCAGAUUUAUGCAAUCCGCCAGUCCAUCUCCAAAGCCCUGGUGGCCUACUACCAGAAAUACGUGGAUGAGGCUUCUAAGAAGGAGAUCAAAGACAUCCUCAUCCAGUAUGACCGGACCCUGCUGGUAGCUGAUCCCCGUCGCUGCGAAUCUAAAAAGUUUGGAGGUCCUGGCGCCCGUGCUCGCUACCAGAAAUCCUACCGAUAAGCCCAUCAGGGUCCACCUUUAUAAUAAACAGGGGUCGUGGGAUUUAAGGUUU